AGGACCACACCCCCUUUCUUUCCCACCCUAUUAUUCCAUGCCUUCUUCUCACGCAAAAAGGGCCUUAUAAACCCCACACUACACCCUGUCUAAAGCCCUCCUCUACACUGUUCCUUUUCACCAAUCCAUUUUCUGACUUUUCUCACUCUGCUCAUGGCUUUGCUUUUCUUAUCAUCACCUAUUCUCUUGGAAUCAUAGUUAGUUAUCUUUUGCAACGUAAAUAACAACAAUAAUUAUAGCCAAUGGAGGAGGAGAGCGAGUUUCUUUUAGAAAUGAAGCUAAUUAUCAUCUCGUUAUGCACUGAAACACUUUCUCUUCUCUCUGUUCACUCUUCCCAACCUCUGUUUUCAUGCAUUGUCACUUUCUGUUUCUUGAUUCUCCUUUAUUUGCCUCAUCUAUUUUGGAAGAUAGUUUUCUCACCCGUGCUGAUUCUGUCCGGGGUUCUCUUGCUCCUCCUCCUCCGUCUCGGUGCAAUUCAGAGGUCUCAAAAUGAAGAGAAGAAAAACUCGGUUGAACCAGAACCCAUUGCAAACGAAGAAAACAGGGGAAACAGAGAAGAGAAACAGGGGAACCCCAUUGAACCGGUGGAAACCGAUUCUCUCGAUCAUGUUUACAGGUGGGUCACGAGCCAAUCUCAAAAAGAGAUCAAAUCUCAAAUGGGUUUUCAAUCAAGUUCGCGUUUUGACGAGUCUUUCGUGGAGUGGAAUGUGAAAGCGCCGUUGGAGGUCAUAUACGAAGGUGAAGAAACAGAGCAGGAUCAGAAUGAGAAACGUGACGAGGGUAUUUUGAGGUACCCGUCGUUGUCACGGUACUACCCUGAAACUGACUCCGAUAGCUCGUCGGAGAGUGAGUUUCCGGCGACGGAGAACUGGGACUCGCCGGAGAACAUGUGCUUCAGGUGGGAUGAAGAAGACAGAGAAGGGUUAAUUGAGAUUGCUCUUGACGGUUGCAAGAAGAGGGACGUGGGGUUUCACUUCGAUGAGGAGAAUUUGAUUGAAAUUGAUAUUUCUCCGACGAGGCACAGGGAAUUUUCCGGCAAGGACGACCCCUUUUCCGGUGAGAUUUGUUGCAAUUAGUGUGAUGUUUACUAAAGAUUAACAUGGUGGAUUAUUAUGUGAUUUGUUUGGGGAUAAGGGAAAGGGAAAAUUAGAGAUUUGGAGUUACUUUGGGUUAUGGCAGAGUAUGCCUGUUUUGGAUGUGGUCACCGUUGUACUCUCUUAUCAAAGCUUUAAGUGCAAUUAAUCCCUAAUAUUCAAAUGUCAUUAAAUGACUAAGAUACCCUUCCCCAUUCGUCCCUCUAUCUCCAUUGACUUGGUUAGUCAGUCUACAAAUUAAUGCACACAGUGAGAUUUUCCUAUAAUACAGUCAAGGUUUUGAAUUAUGCG